AUGGAAGAACGAUUUGCUCGAAUCGAGCACGAAAUGCGGCGACGGCUUCGCGACGACGGCAUGUAUACAAAUUAUGAAAUACUUCAUGAAAAUGUGGAAGAAUUGUGGGAAGGGGUAGAAAGAAGAUUUGCUCGUAUUGAGCGAGAAGUCGAAACUAUGCGGCGACGGCGACGACAGCAACAACAAAUAAAUAGUCAGAUUAACGCACGGCUGGCCAACAUAGAGCAGUCACCACGAAUUUUCGUGGCGGCUGUUGUGACUGACUCUUUUUUUAACAAACUUUAUAAUCAUUGGGAAUUGUUAAGAAUGUUUGAAGACUUUUUGGUUUGA